AUGUCUUCCGUUCCGCUUCUUCGACCGCCGGUCCCUGGCAAUCGCACCAACGCCGGCAGUCCUCGUGCUCCCAAACUCACCCUGGGUAUCCCUCCGUCACCUAACGCCAAACCCGUCAAUGGCAAUGCUACUGUCGAUGCCCCGCAGCCGCUGUCGUUGCCACAGCUUGUGACACAAGCGCAACCACAACCUCUCCAGACCAGCCGUCCUACCCCGCCCCGCCUGCAGCUCGCGACUCCCAUGGGCAGCAGUCAAAAUGUCCCACCGCAGACAACCAUGAAACCGGCUGGUCGGCCGUCGUUAGGUCUGGCCACGAAUGGACUCGGCGUAAAUGGACAAAACGGCUCGCAUGGCAAAGGCAAUGAUCCGGCGUCGGCGAACUCUCAAUACUCCGCCCUCAACUUUGCCAUGGGCCUCCGCCAACCCGGAAACGGCAACUCAGACCCUUCAUCGGCCAUCGGAUCCGUGUACUCAGAACGCGAUGGUGGUUCGCAAUUAGAGGGAGAGAACGGCGUGAACGGACUACUUCCUGAUCUUGAUAAGCUGAGCCUGGAGAAGGGUCGACCUCUGGAUGUGGAGGAUUUGGAUGACGAGGGCUGGCAUGCGGCCAGCGAACAAAAGAAGAUUGAUGAGUUGGGAAGCUUGGGUGAGGGCGCUGGUGGUGCUGUCACCCGAUGCAAACUCAAGGAUGGCAAGACUGUGUUCGCUUUAAAGAUCAUCACUACAGACCCCAAUCCCGAUGUCAAGAAGCAGAUCGUUCGCGAACUCAACUUCAACAAGGACUGCGCCUCGGACCACAUCUGUCGUUACUACGGCGCCUUCAUGGACAAGUCAACGGGCACAAUUUCUAUCGCUAUGGAAUUUUGUGAAGGCGGAAGUCUUGACAGCAUUUACAAGGAAGUCAAGAAGCUUGGCGGUCGUACUGGAGAGAAAGUCCUUGGAAAAGUUGCCGAGGGUGUGCUGAAUGGCCUCACCUACCUCCACAGUCGCAAGAUCAUCCACCGAGAUAUCAAACCUUCCAAUAUUCUUCUGUGCCGUGAUGGCCAAGUCAAACUCUGUGAUUUCGGUGUCAGCGGCGAAUUCGGCACCAAGGGCGAUGCAAACACCUUCAUCGGAACAUCCUACUACAUGGCCCCUGAACGCAUUACGGGCCAAUCUUAUACCAUCACAUCCGACGUCUGGUCCCUCGGCGUGACAUUGCUGGAAGUCGCUCAGCACCGCUUCCCCUUCCCUGCCGACGGGACCGAGAUGCAACCUCGCGCCGGGUUAAUAGAUCUGCUCACCUACAUCGUGCGCCAGCCCAUUCCCAAACUGAAGGACGAGCCUGAAAAUGGCAUUCGCUGGUCGGAUAACUUCAAGUACUUCAUCGAGUGCUGUCUUGAGAAGGAACCUCCUCGACGGGCAACUCCUUGGCGGAUGCAGGAACAUCCGUGGAUGCAGGAUAUGAAGAACAAGAAGGUCAACAUGGCGAAUUUCGUGAAGCAGGUGUGGGGGUGGGAAGAAUAA